CCAUGGUCACACGUGCAUACACGUGCUUUGCUUGUCAGUUCCGACGAACCAUUCGACCGUGACGGUGACGGACGUGUUUCGGUUCGGGUGCUUUCCAUUGUAUAUUUUUGAACAAAAGUGCAUUGCAUCACACAGAUGCGUGUCUGCGGAUAAGCUCGUCUCGAUUGUUCGACAUUUUGCACUUUUCGACGACUAGGGCUCUUAUGACGCGCGUUAUUGCGACGUGACGACGCCGUAGACGCAGGCGUCCGGAAACCGCAUUGCAUCACCCGUUCGUUUUCAUAUUUUUGUACGGUUUACUUUAAAGACGUAAUCUGGCUGUAUCGACCUCCUAUUUCAUUGCUUAAAGGCGGGAGCCAUUAUUUAAGGAAGAAGAAGAAGAGCUUUGCUUGUGUGUGCUACCAGUUGCGCCAGGCCGCCGACAGAUGGCGCUACCGUCGAGUGCUGCAAGCGGGUCGAAAAUCGCAUCACUGGUGCAAGUAAAAAACCGACAAAAGAGGCAUCGGGCCGACGAAGAAGAGUAUGUAGCACCAAAUCUGACGAAGAAAAUCUUGUCGCAAGCUAGACAACAGCAGCUGGAGAUAGAAGACGAAAUUGGUCUUAGCGAUUCCAAAAAGCCUAAAAAAUCAAAGAUAAAUCUUGGCUCUGGUUUCAGCGACGAUGAGAAUCAAUCCAGCGAUGAUGAAGAACCAGUGGAGAAUGUGUAUUAUGAGAAUAUCAAAAUUAACGAGGACGAUGAGCGGGCGUUACAGAUGUUUAUGGCAAAGGAUGCAGCCCCCAUGAGGACGCUGGCUGACAUAAUAAUGGAAAAAUUGACAGAGAAAAAAACUGAAAUUGAAACGCAGUUUUCUGAUGUUGGAUCUAUUCAGCUGCAAGAUUUGGAUCCUCGGAUAAAGACAAUGUAUGAAGGUGUCAGAGACGUCCUAGCAAAAUAUCGUAGUGGCAAACUACCGAAGGCUUUCAAGCUCGUGCCUACUUUGAAGAAUUGGGAGCAAAUACUUUAUAUCACAGAUCCACCAAAAUGGUCUGCUGCCGCCAUGUAUCAGGGAACAAGGAUAUUUGCUUCAAACUUGAAAGAAAAGAUGGCUCAGAGAUUCUAUAAUCUGGUUCUGCUACCACGCAUUCGAGACGAUUUGACAGAAUAUAAAAGACUAAAUUUCCAUUUGUAUCAAGCACUGAGAAAAGCAUUGUAUAAACCGGCCGGAUUUAUGAAGGGAAUCCUUCUACCACUUUUAGAAUCAGGAACAUGCACACUCAGAGAGGCCACUAUUAUCGGAUCUGUGAUUGCAAACAAUUCUAUACCAAUUUUACAUUCUUCGGCAGCUAUAUUGAAAAUCGCAGAAAUGGAUUACACGGGUGCUAAUAGCAUCUUUCUCAGAAUCUUCUUGGAUAAGAAAUAUGCUCUUCCAUACAGAGUAGUGGAUGGAGUAGUGUUUCACUUUCUUAGAUUUGAAAGAGACACAAGAGAGCUGCCAGUAUUAUGGCAUCAGGCCCUCCUAACAUUUGUGCAACGAUACAAGAGCGAUAUCAGUUCUGAACAAAAGGAGGCCUUGCUAGGACUACUGAGGAAACAGUCGCAUCAUUCGAUCACUCCUGAGAUCAGAAGGGAAUUACAACACGCAAAAUGUAGAGACAUAGAAAUUACGGAACCUAAACCAGAACCAAUGGAUAUUAAAUCUUUAGAUACAUGA